UGGUUGCAUCCAUUCCGCCCGGAAGUCCUCGCUUCCCAGAACUGCAGGCGGGUCAGGCUUCGCGACCUGACAUGGAGCGUCCUCGCAGUCCCCGCUCCUCGGCCUCGGCCUCGGCCCCGGCUUCGGUUACCCUGGCGCAGCUCCUGCAGCUGGUCCAGCAGGGCGGGGAGCUCCCGGGUCUGGAGAGACGCCACAUCACGGCGAUACACGGCGAACCCACAGCGUCCCGGCUCCCGCGGAGGCCCAAGCCCUGGGAGGCCGCGGCACUGGCUGAGUCCCUUCCUCCUCCGACCCUCAGGAUAGGAACGGCCCCGGCGGAGCCUGGCUUGGCUGAGGCAGCGACUGCACCUUCAUGACAUACAGCGGGCUCCUGAGGUUCCAGGUCCUUUGCGGCGGCGAUCUGGAAGGCGUGGCUACAGGACCCCGCAUGCCAUUCAGUUACUCAUCUUUAAUGCUUUGGUCCUGACCUGUCUCAACUGGACUUGCUCCUGCAGCCCCUAUGGGGGUUUUGCAUUUGCAUUUCUGGACCAUGAUACAGUUAAGAAAAAUCCUGUUUCAGUCCUUAUAUGUAAUAAAAUAUGUAAUAAAAGGUUUUAUGACGUAACUUGGCCCCAGAAUGAUUUUGAAGAUACGUUAAAGGA